AUGCGAAUCGCCAUCGCCGGGACAGGCGACCUAGCCAAAUAUUUCGUCGAGGAACUCCACGCAUCGUCCUAUGACGUGGUGGUUCUCACGCGCACCAGUUCCAGUUCCAGCAGCAGUACCAGCAGCAGUAAAGCUCAACCCAAACCAUGGUACAGCGCACGCCAUGACGCCGGCGUAAUCUCCCUCCGCUCGACAGACUACACGGUCCCGUCGCUGGUCGAGCAGCUGCGCGACUGCGACGGUCUGGUGUCGGCCAUCCAAGACGGCACCCCGGCCAACGUCGUCGUGCACCUGGCCCUCCUGGAGGCGUGCAGACAGACCCGGUCAUGUAGGCGCUUCAUCCCGUCCGAGUAUAUCGGCGACGUGGACCGCUUUCCAACCCAGCCGCUGUUCUAUCCGGAAUCCCACCAGCCGGUGCGGGACGCCCUCGCCGCCCAGCAGGACGUCGUCUGGACGCUGGUCAUGCCGGGCUGGUUGGCUGAUUAUGUGGUCGCGCCGAAGUGUCGCUAUAUUCGAGAUAUUGGAGAUUUGUGUCCUAUUGCAUAUGUGUAUGGUAAGGGCGAGGGCACCAACAUCGAUACUGACACCAAUACCAAUACCAAUACCAACAUCCAUACUGACGGAAGUGUCGGCCGCACAGGUACGACUAUCUCCAUGCUCAUCCCCGGAACAGGCAACGAACCUAUUUCAUGCACGGCCGCGCGCGACGUCGCCAGAGCCGUGGCUGCUCUGUUCAAGGUUCCGUAUCGGGUCCCGUCGCAGUUUCAGUCCAGCUCCCAACCCCAAGACCAACCCCAACAAGACGAAGACCAAGACCAUGACUAUAGCUCUGGCUGCCACUCUGCCUGGGACCCCAUCACCUAUAUCGAAGGCCAAGCAACCACAUGGAACGAGGUGAAAACCCUCCUCCAAUCGAGAGGACACUCCGUCCGCGUCACGUACCGACCAGUCACGGAGUUGGAGGAGACUGUAGCCCAGGCCAGUCUAGCUGCAUCUGGGUCUGCGUCUGUGUCUGUGUCCGAGGAUGACCUCCUCUCCGCCCAGUUUGGGCUAUGGUCGACGUCCGGGGCCACCAGGGUGCCGCGCGACACGGUGGUGGCGCAGCGCUCGAGGUUCUUUCCAGGUCUGGCGUUCAGAACGCUGGCUCAGCUGCUGGAUGCGUCUGAGGCGGCCAUGGCCAGCUUUGGGGAUGGGGGUGGGGGUGAGGGUGAGGGGCCAUAUGGUGCGGUUUGA